GGUGGAAAAUAAUUUAUCUUUAUGAAGAGCUAAUUGACUUUGAAUUUUGGUAUCGACUAUGAGUUUGAUAAAAUGCUAAAGCAAUGAUUACAAUGGCAGCGAAAAUAAGGUCAAUUUUUCCACGCUGGAUAGUAACUGUUUGCGAAUGGAUCAACCCAUAAGAAUCGCCGCUAAUUUACCAAGUGAUCGAAGUAUAACCCAAACAAUGACGGGAACAUGUGCCAUUUGUUGGCCACAAAACAAUUGAUGGAUUAAUCGUCUCGAUGAGUAUGUUCACUAUUCCCAAAUGGCUUUUAGUUUGGCCCGAUUGAUCAAGAGCUUAUCCUCACAACGGAUAAUUUUCUGCCAAUCUAAUCACUUGUCGCUUAAAUUGUUAAGAGGAAACAAUCAACAAUCAAUCCGUUAUUUAACCUCAAAGUUUACAAUUAGCAAUAGAUAACCAACUAGAAAUUUAAAUAUUACGUACGACCUCCAGUCGUCAUGUUCCUGCCAUUGUUUGGGUUAUACUCCGACCACUUGGUAAAUUAGCGGCGAUUCUUAUGGGUCGAUCUAUUCGCAAAUGGUACAGUGCCUUACCGCCAAAUAAGAAGCAAUUAAUUAAACAAUGGUUAAUGUCCAACGCGGAAAAAAUUGGCCUUAUUUUCGCUGCCAUUGUAAUCAUAGCUUUCGCAUUUUAUCAAACUCAUAUACAAGAAACUCCAGUAACAAAGCGGCAACGGUUCAUCCUCUUCACUGAAGAUCAGUUUGGUUCGAUAGCCGAUAUCGAAUUUCAAAGUUCAUUAGCUGUUUAUAAAGACAAAUUAUUUCCCGCCAAUCAUCCGAUCUGUCGUCGUAUUGAACGGGUCGCCAUGAGAAUUUUAAACGCUAAUCAAGAUAUUAAACAAAUUUUCACCAAAAAUUGGACCGUAACCGUUGUCGAUGCCCCGGAGAUAAAAAAUGCUUUCGUUACUCCAACAGGACAAAUCUUUGUUUUCUCCGGUAUUCUAAAUAUCUGUCAAAACGAUGAUCAAUUAGGUGUUAUUUUAGCUCACGAAAUGGCUCAUUCUAUUUGUGGACAUGCUGCUGAACUAUUGAGUUACACUUCGUGGAUCGAUUUCAUUGCGAUGAUCGGUAUCGCUCUGAUUUGGGCUCUUCCAUAUUCAGAUUUCCUGGCUGCCGCUUUUCAUUAUAUUCUUGCAAAAAUAACAAAUUUAACUUUAACACUUCCUUAUAAUCGUAAAAUAGAAUCAGAAGCCGAUCAGGUUGAUGCUGGAUGAGCUGGAUGAGUAGAC